ACUCUCCUAGAAACCCAACUAGAUCCUUCACCCUCUGACACCAUGGUCAACUCCUGUUGUGGCUCCGUGUGCUCUCACCAAGGCUGUGGCCAAGACCUCUGCCAGGAGACCUGCUGCCACCCCAGCUGCUGUGAGACCACCUGCUGCAGGACCACCUGCUGUCGCCCCAGCUGCUGUGUGUCCAGCUGCUGCAGGCCCCAGUGCUGCCAGUCUGUGUGCUGCCAGCCCACCUACUGCCGCCCCAGCUGCUGUCAGACCACCUGCUGCAGGACCACCUGCUGCCGCCCCAGCUGCUGUGUGUCCAGCUGCUUCAAGCCCCAGUGCUGCCAGUCUGUGUGCUGCCAGCCCACCUGCUGCCGCCCCAGAUGCUGCAUCUCCAGCUGCUGUCGCCCCAGCUGCUGUGUGUCCAGCUGCUGCAAGCCCCAGUGCUGCCAGUCUGUGUGCUGCCAGCCCACCUGCUGCCGCCCUAGCUGCUGCAUCUCCAGCUGCUGUCGCCCCAGCUGCUGUGUGUCCAGCUGCUGCAGACCCCAGUGCUGCCAGUCUGUGUGCUGCCAGCCCACCUGCUGCCACCCCAGCUGCAGCAUCUCCAGCUGCUGCCGCCCCUCUUGCUGUGAAUCCAGCUGCUGCCGCCCCUGCUGCUGCCUGCGUCCAGUCUGUGGCCGAGUCUCCUGCCACACCACUUGCUAUCGCCCAACCUGUGUCAUCUCCACCUGCCCCCGCCCCAUGUGCUGCGCCUCCUCUUGCUGCUGA